UACAUAAACACCAGGCAUUUCAUCUUCGGGCAGCGUUCGAGGGCAAUGGAACCAGGGGACCUUCGAACCAUUUUCGCCAAGGGCGUGGACGAACGACGACGACAGGAAGCAGUCCGACUUCAUCGAUCUGCCGGCCCGCUGCAGAUCUCAUUGAACGAUCACCAGCGCACGUUGAGUGGGAGUCACAGUCGACCCCAUCAUCGCGGUGGUGACGGGCCGUCGUCGUCCCGUCCGCCAGUGAUGUCGUCCGAGACGAUCUAUGUCAUGGAAGACAGCGACAAUGACUUCAACGGCGAUUACAAAGGUAACUAUGACACCACAAGCGGGGGUCGGUCUCGAUCCCAACGAAACACGUCCAACGCAACGGCUCGGCGCACCCAUUCUAGCGCCGUCCAUCGGCAAAUGAGCGCGCCGCAACUUCCCCUAGGGAGCAAUGGCCACAACGGAGCGUCGCCCGCAACGAUGGGCGGCGGCGGCAACCUCAUCUAUAGCGGUUGGCUCGUCAAACAGGGAAAGAUCUGGAAGAGUUGGAAGAAGCGGUACUUUGUGCUCCUCACGCGGUCCAACACGAUGACAGGCGAGCCGUACUCGACACUCCAGUACUACAAGAGCCACCGCUUCGCCCAACUCAAGGGGGAGAUCACCCUGGACGACCCCAAUACGACUGUGCGUCCCAUGGACAUUCGCAAGUCCAAGCGCGCGCACUGCUUUGAGCUGCUCAAGGGGUUCAACUCGCUCGUGUGUCAAGCCAAAGACGACGACGACUGCAAGCAAUGGGUCGAGCACCUCAGUCGCGUGGUGCAAGCCACCACCAGUUAUGACUUGACCAAAUCGACAUCUUUCAGCACCCAGUCCGCGGGUGCCGCCAUUGUCCUCGCGUCCCAACAACACCACCACCAGCAGCAGCAGAAACAUCAUCAAUCGUCGGUGGCAUGGCGGCAGUCGUCGUCCAAGAUCGUCGUCGACCCCACCACGCGACUGUCCAACGAACUGCGCAAGCUUUUGAGCUGCGACAACGCCAAGACGUCGCCCGAAGCCAACAAGUGUCUGCACUUUGUCAAACACUUUGACAGCCGCUCCACGCAUGCGUUCUCGACGUUGCAAGAAUUCAUCCAGACCAUGUGCGCGCAUGUGCAUGCCAAGUACGCCGCGUCCUUGCGCGCCGCGUGCCUUGGCGACCUCAACGAUCUCGACGACGACGACGACGACCAUCACAUGGACCGCCUGAUUGACAGUUGCAUCCACCGCCAAGUGGAAGAAGCGCUGUUUCUACCGCUACACGACGGCCUCUACAGCGCCGUGCGCCGCCAAGUCAACGCCGACGCGGAAGCCGGGCUCAACAAAAAGUUGCGAUGGCUUCAAGGCAAAGACCAGGCGUUCUUUGACAUUUCCCCACACCACUUGUCGUCUUCGGAAUGGCGUGACGCGUGCAAGCUACUGGGGCACCUGGGGGCGUAUUCGUUGCCGAUAGACAAGUACAACGCGCUGGUCGAAGCCGUGGACGAGAUCCAAGCCACGUACACGGACGAGCAUCCCGUGUCGGAGUUUGUGUACCAAGUGACGUCGGACGGCCUCGGGUUCAACUCGCUCGUGCCGACGUCCACGUCGCAGUCGACACUCGACACGGACGACUUGAUUCCGAUCUUUACGUUCUUGCUCGUGAAUUCUGGGCUUGAAAACUUGCUCACGCUCAAGCAGUUGCUCACGGCGAUGCAUCACCAUCACUAUCACCAUCCCGACAAGACUACCUCGAUGACGACGACGACACCACAUGUGGUGGGCAUCCUCGGGGCAGCCAUGGAGUUUGUCCAGAACGUGACCAUUCCCGCAGUGCUUGAAGACAUCUUCAAGGAGCAAAUUGCAUUUUCCAUCGACGGCGACUGGCGCCUCGGCCUCGGGUUUGAGCCCGAAUCGACGUACCGAAGCGGCGCUAUGGUCAAGAACAUCACGGCCCACGGCCAAGCGGCACUGGGCGGGAUCGUGUCCAAGGGCCACGUGCUAGUCACGCUCAAUGGCACCAACGUUGUGCUGUGGCCAUACAACGAUGUGGUGGGACUCCUCAACAUGUCGUCGCCCCCUCAUCGCAUGGCGUUCAUUUCCAACCCAAACUACGUCAAGAUCCUCGGCAGCAACAAGUCGCUGUGGAACGUCGCGCUUGUCCAAGCGUGUCAGCGGGGUGCCGUCGGGUCUGUCCAAAUGCUGGUCGCCAACGGCGCCGAAGUCAACUACAUUUCCGACGACGACUUGACUCCGCUGUCGGUGGCCGUGAGCUACUUCCACGUCAACGUCGUGUCGUACCUGCUCCAACACGGCGCGAAAACCAAACACUUGACCGCGCUCGGCCGCGGCCCCCUCCACCUGCUCGGGGCGCCGCAGCUGUCGAUGGACGCCCCUCAAUCCAACGGCAAGCAACACGCCGCCGCCUGGCCCGACAAGGUGCGCCAGAUCAUCCACAAACUAGUGCGCCACGGCGCCGUCAUCGACGGCGUCGACCACUUUGGGUACACGCCGCUCAUGCUCCUCGCGUGCACGGGGUGUCUGGAGGGGGUGGACACGCUCAUGGAGCUGUCCAAGACAAUCAACAUCGACAUGAGGGGGUGGCACACGGGAUGCAGUGCGCUCGCGUGUGCCGCCAAGGAAGGGCAGUCCGAAGUCGCCACGGCGCUGCUGGACUACGGCGCUGACCCCAGCGUCAAAGCGUUGCGAGGUGAAACGCCACUGCAUUACGCUGCCAGCGCCGCCGACCUGCACACGUGCGCGGUGCUGCUGUCCGAAGGCAAAGCCGACGUGAACGCGCGCACGUUGGACGGAUGGACGCCGCUGAUGCUCGCCGUGUCCCGGGGCGCGCUGAUCCAAGGACAUGUGGUCCAGAAGGACACGGCGGCGGUCCUCGACACGGUCCGCCUCUUGCUCAACGAACGCGCCAACGCCAAAGAUAUUUGCAACGUGUUCCGCCAAGCCAUCCACUACGCCGCCGUGCACGGAGGCGCCGACGUGUAUGGGUUCCUGGCGUCCCAUCCAGACGUAGACGUCCAUGCCCCCGACCUCUGCGGCCAGUCGGCGCGUCAGUUAUUUGAAGCGCACCACGCGUCCGCCACGACCAACACUACAACGAGUGGCCUAACUACCACCACCACCAGCACCACCACCACCAGCCACGGCGGCGUAGGCAGCGGCAGUUUGAACUUGUCGACGUUGAGUCAGUCGAGCAGCAGCGGCAUGGUCUUUUUGGAUGCGGCCAACGUCGCGUCGUCGUCGUCGUCCACGUCGUCCAUGAUCAUGCUGUCCAUGUCGCCGGACCUAUCGACGUCAUUGAGUCAUCCACCAAACGACGACGUGAUGGUGAUUUCAGACGCCCCCACCAUCCUGGAUGCAGCACCCAAACACAGCUGCUGCGACGUGGUGCAAGCCGUGGGCGCCGCAGACAUGCUCGGUACGUUUUUGCAGUACGAUCACACGGCCGUCCACGACAUGGAAGCGUUCUUAUGGACUGGGCAACUGCACAUUGAAAAGUCGGACGUCCUCGCCUUCUUUCGGUCGUUUGUUUCGGACGCGCCGUCGACCCAUGUCCAGUACGCGCGGCGGGUGGUGCUGUGGUGUUUGGACGUGUGGAUCCAACUGCUCCAGGAAACCCCAUCGCCUCCGCUGGACGUUUGCUUUGACAUUUCCAACCUCGUCAUCCACUUGCUGCCUGCGAUCGUCGAGACGGAUGCGGUGCUGCUGCAGUGGCUCACCACGCGCAAGAUCGCUCCGUUCGUCAAGGCCUGCCAGACACGCCAGCCGUUCACAUCCCACGGCCACUGCGAUGCCGAAUACACGGCGUUGGCUGCGUACUUUGACCAAGCGCGACCGCUGGCGUUCCUGACUGAUGCCGCCGCCGCCGCUCCUCCGACGACGUCCACGGGAAGCGUGCGGGACCGCCUCGCGCUCGCGGGUGUCGCUUCGUCUACGGAAACCAGGACGCCAGUCGUCGCUGCCAAGCGUCGGUUUUCAAUCUUGGACCGUGUCGCACGACUGUGGCAACUCGACAUUGACCCGGGCUUGAUGGCAUCUCAAAUCACACUGCUCCAGCAUUGGUUUUUCCAAAAAAUUCCAGUGUCCCAACUCAUGGCGCCUAAAAAGUCGGCGACGCUCACGCCUGCGUAUGACAAGUCUCGGCUACUGCACAACCACAUUUCGCUGUGGGUGAUCAACCAAAUCUUAGCCCGCGAAGACGUAGUCGACCGCGGCCAGAUCUUGAGCUACUACGUCAAGGUCGCGGGCAAGUGCCUCACCCCCCUGCGCAACUUUGACGGUUUUGUGGCCAUCAUGUACGCACUGAACGACUCGUCCAUCUUUCGACUCAAGAAAACGUGGGGCCGGUUGCCGCCGCCCGUGCGGACGUUGUGGCAAGAGCUCAAGCAAUGGACAGAAAAGGGCGCCAGACCGCUGCAUAAACUGAUGAAAGAAGGCGCGUUGCCGUCGAUUCCGUACUUGGGGCUCGUGGGACAGCAGUUUAUCGUGGCGCAAGAGUACCCAGAUUUCGUCCAGAACGACCUGGUGAACCUGAAAAAGAUGCGGCUGCGUGGGAACGUCGUGCGCCUUGUGCUGCCGUGCCAGAAGACGCCCUACAUCUUCACGCCUGACAAGCGACUGCUGGUACGAUCGAUCCCCCUACCCCCAACUAUGUGACACUGUGUGAUGACGCUAGGAUCACAUGUGUGCACCACUGCAAUUGUCCACCAGAGACUUUUGCUUUAAUCGAUCGUUGGAGGUGGAACCGCGCCUCGCGGAAGUCGAAUAAUAAAAGCCCUCUAGUCGCCGCUUUCUCGUAGUUUUUUGU